GCAUAGCCUAUUCAUAUUACUACAUUGCAAGAAUCAAUAUUGUUGUGCUGGUGUUGUUGCCUCUGUCUCGGUCCUGAGAGAGAGAGAGAGAGAGAGAGAGAGAGAGGAUCAUCGAUCAUAGAUCAUUGACGAUAUAUCAUCGAUCAUUGAUCAUGAAGACAGCGAUAAUAUUUGCGAGGAGUUUCAGUGGGAAUGAUCAGAAAAGGAUGGGACGCGGAGCACUGGUCGCCUGCUGCUGCGUCAUUGCAUUCACCCUUUGCACGCUCGUCUACGGCCCCUUACCUGCUGCUUCUCCUGCUGCAGUGAAAUUGGUGCAAUCAAUCCCGGCAGCAGAUCUCAAAAUUUUGCAGAGCAGGGAAGAAAUAAGCCAACCAAAUAUCUGGCCAGCUGGUGGCUUGAAUGACAAGCUGCAGCCGGCAAUCAUUCGGAAUUUGAGCAGCAGGAGAUCACAAGUAUACGAAUUAAACGGUGACGUCAGAAUCCAUGGCCGCCGUCCAUCCACCAUUUUCCUAUUUUCGGGCGACAUGGCGACUACUGCCACCGCCGGGUGGAUCACUACUAAGCCUUACGCACGCAAUCCUGAUCCGAUCGCGAUGCGAAAAGUCACUGGGCUCAAACUAAUAAUCCAUGCUCAAUCCGGUCCUGAUGCCGCAGAGCUUCGCUGCUCCCGCAAUUUCAGCCUCCCUGCCAUAGUCUUCUCCUCCGGCGGCUACGCGGGCAACCCCUUUCAUGAUUUCUCCGACGUCCUCAUCCCACUCUUCUUGACUGCUCAACAAUUCAAUCGGGAGGUGGUCUUUCUGGUGGCUGAUAGGCGUCCGUGGUGGACUAACAAGUACAAACUCAUCCUGGAGAAGCUCUCCGCAUACGACGUGGUAGACAUGGCAGCAGCAGCAGCAGCAGAAGAAGUGAUGUGUUUCCCACGAAUGAUCGUUGGCCUCAGAGCGCACAAGGAGCUGAGCCUCGAUCCCUCCGAACCCCCGCAUUAUUCGGCCAGAGACCUAACGGAUUUCCUGCGGAGCACCUACUCCCUGCACAGGCAGGAGCUGGUGGUGCCUCCGGGGCCCGGAGGGUGCACGAGGAGACCGCGCUUGCUGAUCGUGUCCAGGAAGAAGACCCGGCGCCUGAUGAACGCGGGCGAAGUCGCGGAGCAGGCGCGGAGGUUGGGGUUUGAGGCGGUGGUGAGCGAAAUGGAGGGGCGGGUGUCGGGGGUUGCGCGGCUGGUGAACGCGUUCGAUGUGAUGGUGGGGGUGCACGGAGCCGGCCUCACCAACAUGCUCUUCCUCCCCGCGAACGCGGUCGUGAUUCAGAUCGUGCCCAUCCGGGUGGAGAUCCUGGCCAGGCAUUACUUCCGGGGCCCUGCCGAGGACAUGGGGUUGAGGUAUAUGGAGUACCGGGUGCGGCCCAGCGAGAGCUCGCUGCCAGCGCCAUCAUCUGAGCAAAGCCGCAGCAAAUUGGAUGGCGGCGAUGGUGCUGCCGGUGCUGGUGCUGGUGCUGGUGGAUGGCACGGCUUUCGUGCCAUUUACCUGGAUGCCCAAGACAUACGCCUUGACGCGGCCAGGUUUAGGGAAACAGUACUAUCCAGGGCCUUGGAGCAUGUUUGUGGCGGCGGCGGUUAGUCACUAGUAACUAGCUGCCCUAGCAUAUCUCACAUUAAUUGUUUGGAUUUUAGUUAAUUUGAGUCGUGCAUAUAUGCUUGCGUUUGGUGUAUGUAUAGGAAGAACUAUGGAGAACUAAUAAUUAUUAAUCUUCAAGUGUUAAUUUAUAUACGAUGCAAAAUAUAUAUGAUGAUU